GCGGGUUGUGGCGGGGGCGGGCGGAGCGCCGGGCUGGGAUGGCGGAGCGGCGGCUGCGGGCCCGUGUGCAGGGCGGCUGGGCCGGCGGCCCGCCGGGGCGGCCCGCAGCAUCUAAGGCACCUGUGGUGAGCAGCCUUGCCCCUGCGGAUGCCAGACUGGCAUGGAUGAGGAAAGAUCAGCCUCACACUCAAAAGCAAUUUGUCUUUGAAAAGCCAUCAGAGGUGGAGCGCAGAGUUCCUGAGGCAGGUGUGAUAGACAAGCCUGGUGUGUAUGAGCUCAGCAAAGGACCAACUGGCAUUUCUAGGAUUCAUUUAAUUCCUGGCUUUAUUGACUCAGAACAGGCAGACUGGAUGUUUGAACAACUCCUCCAAGACAUACCCUGGGGUCAGCGAACUCACAUCAGGCAGGGUAAGGAGUGUGUAGACCAGCUUUUCAGGUCAUUCCAAGAAGUAUCUUUUGAGGAACCACGGCUUACAUCCUGGUAUGGGGAACUUCCUUACACCUACUCCAGGAUAACAAUGCAGCCAAAUCCAAACUGGCAUCCUCUGCUGACCGUGCUGAAGGAGCGCAUUGAAGAGUUCACUGGCUACACCUUCAACUCUCUUCUCUGCAACCUCUACCGAAAUGAGAAGGAUAGUGUGGACUGGCACAGUGAUGAUGAACCGUCGCUGGGAAAAAACCCCACCAUUGCCUCACUCAGCUUUGGUGCUACUCGGACCUUUGAGAUGAGGAAGAAACCUUCCCCCGAAGAGAAUGGAGACUAUACUUAUGUAGAAAGACUAAAAAUCCCCCUUGAUCACGGGACUCUCUUGAUGAUGGAAGGAGCUACCCAGGCGGAUUGGCAGCAUCGAGUGCCUAAGGAAUAUCAUUCUAGAGAUGCACGGAUAAACUUGACCUUUAGGAUCAUUUAUCCAGAAUCUGAUGGAGUUUGGGAGUGAAGAGGCACUUGGACAUCGUUGGGUGUACAUCCACAGCAGAUCCAGACCCUCAGAUUGCCACAGAUUUAAAAGAAGCCUUACAGGAACAGCGUUCCAUGAAAUACAUGAUGAGGAAAAGAGUCGCUAUUAUGAAGAUCUUUGGCAAUCAAAAAGUUGCCUGUGUUACAUGGACAGAAAUUAUAUGCUGUUACAUAGUAUUGAAUUACAGGCUUUAAGUUUGUGAAACAACAAUGAUUGUUCUUAAAAGAACACAAAGCAUGUGAAAAAUUUGAGAGGUCCCAUCUGGAGCAGAAAGAUUCAGUGAGCAGAUAGUUUUGCCUCUUGUCUUGACUCUCCUUUACCCUUAAGAAGUGAUCUUUGAGGUAAUGACAAGAUGGGUUUCUUUGAUGUAAAGCCAUCUCUGUGUGUGUAUAGCAAUGAUAAAGCUGCACUUGGUGAUGUUCUCAAAGUAUUAGUCAUUUCGUCAAGAGGCAGUGCAUUGCUGUUUAGGUUGCAGAGUCUUUUCCAAUUAAGCAGUUUCAUAAUUUAAACAGCUACUUGAAUUAUACCAAUGUCUCCUAGAACAGAGGGCCAAGGCUCUUUUCUGCCACGCACUCUGUGGUCAGACUUUAUCCUGUUUAUCCAUUUAGAGAAAACAAAGCAAAGGCAAGUGACAGAGAGACCUUGGCCAUGAGCCUUAUCACUCAGGUUGGAGCUGCCCAUGGCUUGAGUAUUAGCAGUCCUCCAUCCCUGCUGGCUUAAAACUGUUACCUCUGUGUCUCAGGUGGGAAAAUAGACACAAAGAGAUGGGAAAAAUAUUACUUGCAGAAUUUGCUAAUAAAUUCUUGGUUUAUUUUUUGUUUUUAGCAUGA